GACAGGAGGGGAAGUUAUGGCGGGAGAGACGAAAACGGCUUCCGAAUGGCCCCAUCAUGGCUGCCGCCUCCUGUUACGGGUUGUGGUUCUUUCCAUCCUGGCGCGCAGCUCCGAUGGAGAUGUAGUGUUACUUAGAGAACAUCAAACAUAUCUACAUGAUUCCUCUGAACAGUUUUGCUAUUCAAAUAAAAUGAUCCCAAAAUGGCAUGAUAUAUGGACCAAAAUUCAGAUCCGAGUAAACAGCACCAAGGUGAUCCGCGUCAUCCAAGUUGAAAGUGAGGAGAAACUGAAAGAACUGGAUGGAUUUAGUUUAUGGAUGUAUAUUGGCUUGCUCUUCAAAGAGAAGCUUAAUGAUACUUACAUUAAUGUUGACAUUUUCAGUAAAGAAACAUGCUUGAAAGUCGAGAUAUUAGACCCAGACUCCACAUACACCAUCAGCGUUACUCGAACACUUGAUCCCAAACUCUUCAUUGUUACAUUUCUGGGCCUGCUGCUGUUUUUCUGUGGUGAUUUGAUGAGUAGAAGUUCAAUCUUCUUCUAUUCAACUGGAAUAAGCAUUGGCGUACUGAGUUCAUUGCUCAUUGUUAUCUACGUACUAUCCAGAUUUGUACCCAAGAAGAGCCCUAUCUAUCUCAUGAUUUUGGGCGGCUGGUCUUUUUCUAUUUACCUUACCCAGUUGGCCUUCAGAAAUCUUCAGGAAAUAUGUACAUUAUACUGGGAAUAUCUACUUGGCUACCUGGUCAUCGUAGGGUGUAUAAGCUUUGCUGUGUGCUACAAAUAUGGCCCUCUGGAGAACGAACGCAACAUAAAUCUCCUCACUUGGGGUCUGCAGACUUUCGGCUUGCUGCUCCUUUAUAUGAGCAUUCAGAUACGAUAUAUUGGCGUCAUCUUGAUAGUAAUUGCAAUCUGCACUAAAAACCUGGAGUACCCAGUCAUAUGGGCCUAUGCCAUCUACAGCAGGAAGCUGUUCACAGCUCCAGAAAAUCCCACCCCACCACGCCUGUUGACCGAGGAAGAAUAUCGGAUCCAGGGGGAGGUAGAGACACGCAAAGCCUUGGGACAAUUGCGGGAGUACUGCCAAAGUCCAGAGUUCUCUGCGUGGAAAGCAGUCUCCCGCAUCCAGACUCCAAAAAGAUUUGCUGAUUUCGUAGAAGGUGCCUCACAUGUCGUCCCCAAUGAGGUUUCUGUCCAUGAGCAGGAGUAUGGGUUGGGGGGUUCCUUUCUAGAGAAUCAGCUCUUUGAAGAGGAAGAUGAAGAAGAUGACAACAGUUUUGAUGAUGAGGAUUGCACAGAGACACCGUGGCCCCAAAAUCACUUAAAUUUUCAAGAUAAAACUGGCCACUGUUGAUGCAAGUGGAUUGACUGAGGCCCCUUAUUGAGCCCGUCUGCUGUUACAAUUGAGGAUUGCUAUAGAAAAGCCUUUUCUGUGUAGCAUUGCUUAGUAACGGCGUAGGUUUCACAAUCUCUGAGAGGACAAGGCUCUAAAGCCCUGCCAUCUAUUCCAGACCCAUGACACAAUCACGAACUGUAACAUACUCGGGAUAUGCCUCAAUAUCCUUGACUAAAUAUCUUUAACUACAGGCUGGUCAGAACCUACAGCUAUUAGCUGUGAGUAGCCUAAGGAGGAGGAAUAUGGAGAGCUUGUAAAUCGUUACUGAAAGCCAGUGAAAAAUGACAAAUUAUUUUGCCCUGAGAAAAACAGGCUACCUGAAGAAAGGUUUGAAAGUCCAGGUGAACUUGAUAGCUAUAUAUCCUGGGAAACAAUAGCUGCUGCCCUUUGAUUUUCCAGGGUGCCAACAAAGUUUUGAGAGCAUGCUGCUCUUCCUCCAGUGGCUAUGCUUUUCACUUGUUGGCUUAAAUGUCGUUUCCUGGGUUGAGUACACUGAAGGUGUGGGGCUACUGCUUGUUGCAGAAUGUGUGGUGAGCUUGCUGGGAGCCAGUAAGUCGCUAGGUCUCCCAAGGAGGUUCUUUCGUCCUAUACAUGGUAAUUGCACGAAUAGAAAUAUUUU